AAUGUUUCGAAGAGGCUUCAGCACCGUCUCUUAUCUAGAGAAACGCCAAUCUGGACGGCCUCAUAUGACCCCGCCAAUAUGGAGACGUUUGGGACAAGGACAAGAUGAGGUGCCAAUUGAAGAAGCUGAUCUCUACAAAUAUCAACGAUACCGAUGGCUGAGCCGGGAAGCUGAGAAGCUCGCAGCGCGAUAUCGUAAAUUCAACCUGCCUGCCCUUUUGGACGCUGCCGUCAACGUGACCGGCCUUAAGGAUGCGCAAUGUACCAAGAUUCUCAAAUGCGUGGAAGGGCAAUACAACAAGGCGCUUGUCCUGACUAUGAGUACUGGCCAAGAGAUAGUUGCCAGAAUGCCAAACCCAAAUGCGGGACCAUCUUUUUACACAACUGCCUCCGAGGUAGCUACACGUCAAUUUCUCCAAGACCGCUUAGGGAUUCCGAUUCCCCGGAUUUAUGCGUGGUCAGCAGAAGUGUCAAAUGCAGUAGGGGCUGAGUAUAUCCUUGAAGAAAAGGCAACAGGGCAGCCCUUGGGACACCUCUGGGAUGAAUUGCCCUCAUCAUCACGGUUGGACAUUGUCAAACAGAUCGUUGAUAUAGAGAAAAAGCUCACUUUAAUUACGUUCCCCAAGCACGGAUGCAUAUACUAUCAGUCAGAUCUUGAAUCGCGACAGCCUAUGUCUUCUUUUACUUUGCUGGACCAAUAUCCUGGUUUGCCACAACUUGCUAUUGGCGCUCUUACUCACCCAAAGUAUUGGCAGGGUAAAAGGGCAUUGAUGGAACUAGAUAGGGGUCCAUGGAACAGCAUUGCGGAUUAUGCUAUAGCGAUUGGGAAGAAUGAGAUACAAUGGGCAGAGGAGCACGCGCAACCGAGAAUGAAUUUCCAACGGUCAAUAAAAGAGCCCGAAACCCCUGGUAAUUACAUAUCGGUGCUUCAGCAAUAUACUACGCUUGCUCCUUUUCUAGUCCCACCAUCAGGGGACAGCAAGCGAACCAUUACACUCUCACACCCUGACUUUCAUCUCGACAAUAUCUUUAUUGAUCCACGAACGAACCAGAUCACAUCCAUCAUCGACUGGCAGCAUGCUUCUGCGUCACCCAUUUUCUUACAGAGACGGUUUCCGCAGAUGCUUGUACUGCCACGGAACCCUCAAGCUGAGCGUCAGGUAACUGAGAAGCAACUUCUCAAUUUGUACUUUGAGAUGCUGAAGAGUACAAAUCUCCUCCGCUGGAAAGUACUUAGUGAACUGUUGCACACUAUCAGGACGGACCCCAUUUCCCUAGUUCCUUGCUGCUGGGAUUGGGAGGGCAUCUUCUCCCUACGCAACGCAAUGAUCGCAGCUAUUGCUCGUUGGGAUGAUAUAAGCGAUGGUCACACCAAAUGUCCGAUUGAAUUUACAGAGAAGGAACUGGAACAGCACCUAAAUGAGAUGGAGCUAAUCGAAGGGGUGUCUAUGAUUAUUCACCGGCUACAUGACAGCGGGCUUAUCUCUCUAGGUGGAAUGGUUGCUCCGGAGCGAUAUGAAGAUGCCAGGAAAUGGAAUGAGUAUUUCAAGCGGGAGUUUAUUGAUCUCGCUGAAGAUGAGAAACAAAGAGAGCUGCAUGAGAAAGUCUGGCCGUACUAGUGAGAAAGUACCCAGAAGGUUGAUACCAAUGGAUUCAACCACACGUCCUAAGGUUCCUUGAUACUCUUAGUUUAUUCUGCUGCGGUAACCUAUAUGUAGAACCC